UGUGACAUUUAGAACGAUGGAUUACCAGUUGGUUUCCGUUUCCCAUUCACACAUUUGUUUCUCUUGCAGUUUUUGAUGAAUUGAUUCACUUAAAUUAAAUUAUUCUUUUUAGUGUUUAAUUGUUUUGUUAAUAUUUUACUGGAUUCCAAUUGAAUAAGGUCCAAGCUUGGGAUCUUUAGGUUUUCAUUGAGAUGCAAAUUUUCGUCAAAAAUGUCGAGGGUGAAACCUUGACCCUGACUGUUGAACCUACUGACAGGAUUGAAGAUUUAUUAGAUCAAUUAACACAAAUUGAUUCUUCGUUUGAGGAGGAUGGUCACCUAGUUUUUGGUGGUUUGAUUCUUGAUGAAGAGCAACUUAUUUCAGAAUUAACUCUCGAAGAGGGUUCAACUGUAAACUUUGUUGUCGGUCUUGCUGGUGGUGCUAAGAAAAGGAAAAAGAAGAAUUACACCACACCAAAGAAAAACAAGCAUAAGAAAAAGAAGGUCAAAUUAGCUGUUCUUAGAUACUACAAGGUCGAUGAAAAUGGCAAAAUCAAUAGGUUAAGACGAGAAUGUACCAAUGAUAAAUGUGGAGCCGGUGUUUUCAUGGCAAGCCACUUCGAUCGACAAUACUGUGGAAAAUGUGGUUUAACAUUUGUUUUUGAUAAGCCUGAGCAAAGCAAAUAAAUGGAUAUUGUCUAAGUUAAUAAAGAUCCAUUUAUUGAUAUA